CUUCCAUACGCCUCCAGUAGUCCAGUGCAGCCUGAGCUGAGCUGCACUGAGGUACGAGUAGCUCACGACACCACUCGGUGAUAAACUAAUGGCGUCGGCCUCCGCCGCUCCCGCGCCGGACAGGGAGGAGAUUGUGUUCCUGGACGUGGAGACGUCAACCCCGCCGUGCGUGCUCCUCGAGUUCGGUGCCGUAGUCGUGUGCUCGCGCAGGCUCGUGGACGUCUCCUCCUUCGCCACGCUCGUGCGGCCCGCGAACCUCGACGCGCUCCCGGACCCGACCGCGCGGAGCAACGGCAUCACGCGCGGCACCCUCGCUGACGCGCCGCCGUUCCGCGACGUCGCCGACAUGGUCUACGACGUCCUGCACGGUGGGUGUAGGUGUAGCUAGUGCUGCGCCUGCGCGCCCCCGCGGCCUCACUCGACCACAUGCAUGGUAUGUAUCGUACUCUCGUGCGCAAGCUAUAGCUAACUAGCUAAAGGAUGCCAACGCCGUGGACAGGGAGGGUGUGGGCAGGGCACAACAUCGUGCACUUCGAUUCCAUGAUAAUCAUGGACGCGUUCGCCGAGAUUGGGCGACCCCCUCCUCAACCCAAGGCCAUGAUCGACACCCUUCCGUUGCUUACCCAGUGUUUCGGGCCGAGAGCAGGGGACAUGAAGCUGGCAAGCUUGGCAAACUAUUUUGGUCUAGGGAAGCAAAGGCACAGGAGCCUGGAUGAUGUGAAAAUGAAUAUUGACGUUUUCAAGAACUGUGCUACAGUCCUGUUCCUGGAGGAAAGCCUUCGAGGUGUGCGUGUGCCUACCGUUCAGAACAUGUCGUCGGGGGGUGCAACAAUCAGAACCCAAGGAAUAACAAGUGAUCCUGCACCGAACAGGGAUAAUCCCAACGAGUCGUUGCUGGUGGGAUCGUCCACUGUGCAUGUGGAGGAAAUGAUGCUAGACACCACUGUCACUGUGCAGACGGAUACAAGGAGCUCAGGUGCCUUUUCUGGGUUCGUUGAGCUAGACGACGUUUCAACGGAGAGUAUCAAGAUCUCAGCUCCGCUGUUCCUACGCCCGUUCGGUCCGAGAGCAAUCGUCCAGCACAAGGGUUCCCCGCUCCAGCUCAUCUGUCCAGGUCUGGAAGUCCUCUGGGUCAACACAAAGGGGUUCCCAAACAGCCCACAUCGACCAAAGGUGGGCAUAAAGGUCGACAUACCUGAGAACCUUAGUAAGGUACUAGGGUUUUGCGACGAUCUAGCGCAGAGCUCGUCGUCGUCGCCAGGACCAGGAGCAAUAUGCAGUAAUUCCAGAUGGAAAUCCCUGAUUGAGAGAGACGCGGAUCGGCGUCCAACGGUCUGGCUGAAGAUUCCUACCUUUGGCAGUGGCGACACCGCAGCCUGCCGGACACAUGUAUACGAAAAGGAGUGCGACGGUGUCGUUCCAAGGCUUGUUUCCGAAAGGGUCGAUCCAUCGGAACUGGCCUCGAUGCUUCAAGGGAACAAGGUGGUGGAUGCGUUCGUCUCGGUGGAAACAUUCGACCACUACCAAAGCGCUGGCAUUCGGUUGGUUGCCAAUAGGCUGGAUGUGCACUUCAAAAGGCAACAGCAGGCCUAGCUAGUUCCUUAUGGUGCUCUCCGGUCAGGCCGAGGCUGGAUUGAAGGGGAUUGACCCAUCCAAUUCUCCUGUGAUUCUCUUGUUACCGAAUCGAUCCAGGACUAUAUAAAUAAGUAAGUUUAUGUCGUCUCCGUAUGUGCUUGCAAAACUUCCGACCAUAUUUUAUAUGUGUUCAGACUUCUUAUUUGAUGACGCUAGCUAGGAGAAUGCUACCGUUACUAUCGACAUGGCAUUUUUUUGUUUGUAGUCGACGAUGUCAAACAUCUUUGCAGACUUC